CGGACGGAUCUCGGGUCAUCUGCAGCUGCGGCGCGCGCACGCGGAGGGCGCAGGAGGAGGCGGAGGGAAAAAAUGGCGGCCAUCAACUAGAGCAGGACACACGGGGACAAGUCGGGGAAGAAGAUCCGAAAUAGUUUCCCUGAUUUUCCAGGGAGUGUUUAGUGAUGGAGGUGCUACAGUGCGAUGGCUGUGAUUUCCGUGCAGAGUCCUGCGACGAGCUCAAGGCUCACAUUCAGGAUGUCCACACCAUUUUCCUGCAGCCUGCAGACGUUGGGAACGAAUCACCUCAAAGGUCAAGGUCCGAUUCCUUAAACUCCUUCAGUCACACGGAGGAGGACGAUGAAGACGUUGCCAGUAAUGCAUGUGACUUCCCACACAAGGAAGCAGGCCACAACUCCUUCACCACAAAUUCAGGGCCCUUCUCCAGUUCAAACCAAACGAUUUACAAUCAGUCAGCCGACAAGACAACAAACCCAUUUUUUCAAUGCAAAUUUUGUGUGCGCUACUUUAGAUCAAAAUCCCUCCUCAUUGAGCACUCUAAGAAGGUCCACGGCAUUGAAGGAGGAUCAUAUUCAAAUGACUAUUCAAAUUUACUUGACACCUCCAAGUCAAAUACAGCGGAUAAAGCUACAGCGCAUCAGAGUGUAGAAAAAAUGUACUCCUGUCAGUAUUGUACAUAUAAAUCUCCUCGCAGAGCAAAAAUCUUGAAGCAUCAGAGUAUGCACCCUAAAGAUAAUUUUCAGGCCCAGUCAGUUUCACCUGUGGAAGCAGAAGCUGAAACAGAUAUUCUGGAAAUGGACUCAGAUGCCAUGUCCUCAGAAGAACCAUGUGAGGAAUCACAAGAUUUCACUGAACGUAUAGUUUUGGAGUCCAUGAUUAAAUCCCGGUCCAGAGGUGGCUUCAGCUGUGAGUGGUGUGGCUUCCAGACCUUGCAAAGACGACAGCUAUGUGAUCACAUAAUGAAGAAGCAUCGAAACAUGGACAAGAUUAUGGCAUCGCUGCAAAAGCCUAAAGUAGAUGGAAGUGCAGGAUCUUCCAAAUCCAAUUCUCCUUCAUCACCAAGAAGCACUCCAACAUCCAACCUAAUGUUAACUGAUCUAAGUGGCAAUGAUUGUUCAUCAGCAUCUGUUAAACGCAGUGCCUCAUUGAAGUCCCUAUCAGGGCUGUCACAUUUUCAGUAUUCCCAGAUUGCAGGAAAGAUUCCCAAUAGCACAGGAUCUUCCAUACUGUCAGAGAGGUCGACUUUUGCUAUGUCUGACACGUCGCACUCAAGGGCAGAUCUGGAUACCAGUGUGCUGAACGCUUCUCAGAGCAGCUCGGAUGAUGAACUCUGUGACGUUGAUGAUACUGCUUACAAUGACUCGUUGUGCACUAAGGAUUCCACUAAGCUGCUUCUGCCAGAGGAGGGUAAUAAACUGCUGGAGACAGAAGGAAUUUCAAUUGGAAGGCAUCUGAAUAGGUUUCAGUGCCCAUUCUGCUCUUUUUUGGCAAAACAUCAUAGCAGUGUCUCUCGUCAUAUAGAAAACCUACACUUACCCAGCCAAACUACCUUGUAUAAGUGUGACGAGUGUACGUUUCUUUGCAUAAGUUCAGCAAAACUUGCCACGCAUAAGCAGUGUCACCGUGGCUCCUCUUCUGAAUGGGACAUAAUGGAUCUAACUAAUGAAAGCCAAGAUGACCCAAUUGAAGACUCAGUCAAUGGAGGAAAUGGCAGCUCUACCAUGAAUGGCCAGAAAUCUAUUGAUGUAGAGGAGGAAGGCUCUCACCGUUGUUCACUUUGUAAUUUUUCCACUAUGACACUGAAAGGUUUACGUGUACACCAGCAACAUAAGCACUCAUACUGUGAUGGGAUGCAACCCACAAGUCAAGACAGUUUAUUAAAUGAGCAGCAGGAUUCUGAAACUGAGUCAUAUAGCACAUCAAACUUUGUGCAGAAAACUCAAACAUCAAUCCUUGGAUUUUCCUCCAGAAAGCACCUUAUGGGAAAGACAGCCAGGAAGUCCAUAAAUGACUUGCCUCUGGAUCUGUCCCCGGUCAAGAAACGGACAAGAAUUGAUGAAAUUGCAAGCAACCUUCAAAGUAAAAUCAGUCAGAGUCAGCAGCAAGAGGAUGUAAUUAAUCUUGAUGAUAUGGAGGAUGAGGAGGACGAAAAUGAAAACCAUGUCGAUGAGAAAAAGGAGAAAGAGAACUCUGAGAUUCAAAGUCAGCGUUUCACCUAUAAUACACAGCAUUUGUAUGUCAGAAACCCUGGUUUUGUUCAAUCAGAGCGUGGUGUUGGCAAAAGAAAGCGUAGCUUGCAAGCCAAAUUAACAUCAAGAAACAUUCCUAUCCAAGUCACUGUCUCUGAUGAUGAGGACAGUUUUGGUGCAGAUUGUAAAGAUAUCCAAGAUCAAAGCAGUCAAGACAGCAGAGAGGCCUAUCAAGAGAGCACGGAGUACUCAGAUGAACCCGGUAACCUUUUCUACUGUAAACACUGUGAGUACCAAAACAAGUCUGCCCGCAGUGUUAGCACCCAUUACCAGCGUAUGCAUCCGUAUAUUAAGUUUAGCUUUAAAUACAUUCUCGAUCCAGAGGAUCAGAGUGCUGUCUUCCGUUGCCUAGAGUGUUUCAUAGAAUACAACAACUUCAGUGACUUACACCAGCACUACAUGGAUCACCAUCCAGAAGCUAGCAAUGUUCUUAACUUUAACCAGCCAGAUUUGGUGUACACCUGUCGCUUCUGCUCAUACACCAGCCCAAAUGUGAGAAGCCUAAUGCCUCAUUACCAAAGAAUGCACCCCUCAGUGAAAAUUAACAACGCCAUGAUCUUCUCAAGCUACGUGGUUGAUCAACCUCAGAAAGGAAGUGCGGAAUCACAGACACUGAGAGAAAUCUUAAAUUCAGGGCCUAAAAGCUUUGCGAACUCUGCCACAAGGUCCUCACCCAGUCCCAUCAUUAAAAACUCCAAAACACCUGACUCAAAUAUGGACUCUGAAGCCUUUAGAGAAAUCGUAGAUGGUAACGUUGUGGUGUACGACUGUGACAUGUGCUCAUUUGCUAGCCCCAACAUGCACUCCGUACUGGUUCACUAUCAGAAAAAACAUCCUGAACAGAAGGCAUCGUACUUUCGCAUACAAAAAACCAUGCGGGUCAUAUCAGUUGAUCGAGCGCAGUCAUCAACCAACUCCUCAUUUAACCUGUCAAGUACUCCGAAGCCCUCAAAGGUUGUUGUGCCAUUAACCUUGGAUGAUGAGCUUUACUACUGCAAACACUGUGUUUACAGCAACCGAUCUGUGGUAGGCGUUCUAGUUCAUUACCAAAAGCGCCACCCAGAAAUCAAGGUGACAGCUAAGUAUAUAAAGCAUGCACCCCCUACACUUGGGUUGAUGAAGCUCAUGGAUGAGUUGCAGAUUGCACCUCCUAAACAGUUUAUGAAACAGUUAAGCACCAGUGCAACUGAUGGAUCCAAUCAUUUGAAUCCUAAAGGAACUACAGACAAGGGCGAGGGGGAGAUGUUGUUUUUCUGCCAACACUGCGACUACGGGAACCGCACUGUGAAAGGAGUGUUAAUCCAUUAUCAGAAGAAGCACAGAGAUGUAAAAGCGAAUGCAGAUUUGGUUCGAAGACAUACUGCUGUGGUUCGCAGUCAAAGAGAAAGGGCUCAGAUGAUCCAAACAGGAAGUUCCACAUCCACUGCAACCUCAGCAAGUGACGCAGAGAAAUCCAGAGCACUUAGAUCGUUAAAGUGCAGACAAUGUGCCUACACAUCUCCCUAUGUGUAUGCCUUGAAAAAGCAUCUUAAGAAGGAUCACCCCACUGUGAAGGCCACAGCCAUGACCAUCUUGCGCUGGGCUUAUCAAGAUGGGAUCUUGGAGGCUGGUUAUCACUGUGAAUGGUGUAUUUAUUCCCAUGCUGAGCCCAGUGGGCUGCUCAUGCAUUACCAAAGACGACACCCAGAGCACAACGUCGAUUAUGCUUACAUGGCCAGCAAGUUGUGGGCCGGUCCUGAUACAUCCACCUCCAAGCAGGUGGGCAACUCUGAGAUAAAGCAUUACCAAUGCAGAGAUUGUGCCUUUGAGGCUUGUUCUGUUUGGGACAUCACCAACCAUUAUCAAGCUGUUCAUCCAUGGGCUAUCAAAGAUGAUGAGUCUGUUCUCAUUGACAUCAUUAAAGGGAACCAUGCAUCAGAUAAGCUUGUGUCUUCAGCAGCAAAGGGAAAUGUCUCAACGUCUAGCCCGUUUAGCAGUCACCAAUCUGAUGAAGGCACUGUGGAGAUUAGCAGGUCGGCACCUGAACAUCAUCCCCAUCUUCCCUUCUCCACCAGUUCCUCCCUAUCAAACAAUCCCUACCAAUGCACUGUGUGUCUGUCUGAGUACAAUAGUCUUCAUGGACUUCUUACUCACUAUGGCAAGAAACACCCAGGCAUGAAAGUGAAGGCUGCGGACUUUGCACAGGAAGCAGAUAUCAAUCCUAGUUCAGUUUACAAGUGCAGGCACUGUCCAUACGUGAACUCCCGCAUCCAUGGCGUUCUUACACAUUACCAGAAACGGCAUCCUCUAGUCAAGGUAACAGCUGAAGACUUUGCUGAUGAUAUUGAGGAGGUCAAAGACUUGGUGCCAGAUGGAGAUGAAAGAUCCAAAAACCAGAGGCAGGGAUAUGGUGCCUACAGGUGCAAGAUGUGUCCUUAUACCCAUGGAACACUGGAGAAACUGAAGAUUCAUUAUGAGAAAUAUCACAACCAGUCUGUUUCAGAAAUAUUUGCACCAACGCAUGUGCAAUCCUCUAUUAGAAAAGAGGACACAGUUGCUGAAUGCAGUGCCGGCAGUAUGACUGAAACAUCAGAGAGAUGUGAGCUUGACCUUACCCUUUCAGAGCUUUCAAAAGGAGAGAAACAUACUGUGUUCAGAUGUCAGCUCUGCAAAUACUUCUGCUCAACCAGGAAGGGUAUUGCUCGGCACUACCGCAUCAAGCACAACAAUGUACGUGCUCAGCCCGAAGGUAAGAACAACGUCUUUAAAUGUGCUCUGUGUUCUUACACCAACCCCAUCCGAAAAGGUCUGGCUGCUCACUAUCAGAAACGCCACGACAUUGAUGCUUACUAUACACACUGUCUUGCUGCUUCCAGGACCUUGGGUGAAAAACCAAACAAAGUGACUGUACCUCUGGCCUCUGAAGAAUACAAGUCAGCAAUGAGUGAGGAGCUGAGGCAAGCAGUUGACCGAAGAAAGUGCUCACUUUGCGCUUUCCAGGCGUUCAGCAGGAAAAGCAUUAUCUCACACUAUGUCAAGCGCCACCCGGGGGUUUUUCCAAAAAAGCAAUCCUCCAGCAAACUCGGACGUUACUUCACUGUGAUUUAUCCUAAGGAUCCAGAGACACCAUCCGUUGUAGAGGAUGUUGAACUGGUGGAAGUAAAAUCAGAAGAUAAUGGGGGACACGUGAAAAAUGAUUUGGAAUGGCCACAAUUCAAGUGUAUGAAGUGCACUAAGCUGACCUUUGACACCACGGACCUUCUUGUCUCACAUUACAAUGAUUACCACAGCAAUGACCUGAAGCGGGACUUUGUCACCAUACAGAGCCCAGUGGAGGAAGGUGCUGAGCUCUAUCAGUGUGCUUACUGUGAAAUCAAGUUCCUUACACUUCCUGAGCUUAGCAUCCACCUUACAAAGCACAACGAGAUGUUUGAAAAAAGAACUGUGUGCCAUGAACAGAGGAAGCAGCUCCAGAACAGACGGAAAUCCACAGACGCACUUGAGACACAACCAGAAAACAAGAUGGAUUGCUCAGCUGAAAAAGCUCCUAUUGGCUACCGCUGCAACUUUUGUGUUGAGAUCCACCCAACACUUAGAGCAAUUUGCAACCAUCUAAGAAAGCAUGUUCAGUAUGGUGAAGCCAAAGAAGGACACGUGGAGGUAAAACAGGGAGUGAUGGAAGUUUCUGAUGCCGUCACCAACGUCAACAUGGAGGACACAGUCACCACAGACAAUGUGACCAAUGAGACAGAGGACAGCGUGCUGGUCACCAUGGCGACAGGCAUCACAGAAAGGGUUCCGGAAUACCGGUGCGACAUGUGCGAUCGUGUUUUCAUGUCCAUGCAGGGACUCCGAUCUCAUGAACGAAGUCACUCGGCCACAGCGAUGCUCAGCAGAGACGACAAGUACAGUUGCCAGUACUGUCAGUUCCAAUCGGCUUUCAGGCACAACCUGGAUCGACAUGUUCAGUCUCAUCAUGGACAUCACAAACCAUUCCGCUGUAAACUCUGUCCCUUUAAAUCAGCCUACCUGAGCCGAUUAAAAAAUCAUUUGCACAAAUCACAUGCAGGUGAGAACACAUAUAAGUGCAUCUCCUGUCCGUUCUCGACGAUGACCAUCAGUCAGCUGAAGGAUCACUCACUACAAGAACACGGAGAAACUCUCACACUGCCCCGACUGAAAGCUCGAGCUGCCCUGCGCACCACACAUACACUUACACAGAACAACGCGGAGCACAUAUCUAGCGAUGCCACCACCACUGACUCUGUGGCAUAUUUGGAGCCGCCGGAUGUUCAGCAACAGUUGAGUCAUUACCAGUUGGCAUCUCGUAAUCAGGCACCACCCACUCUCUUAUCAGUUUCCCCUGGCCCCUCCCCAUCAACAGGGGCAGAGACAUUGGGGACAGCUGUGUCCCGCCCUGACGCCACCCUAACUUGUGAAUUCUGUGAGUUCAGCUCGGGUUACAUGCAGAGUCUAAGAAGACAUUACCGAGACCGCCACGGUGGAAAGAAACUCUUCAAGUGCAAAGAUUGUUCCUUCUUUACCUGCUACAAGUCCACCUUCACACUGCACGUGGAGGCUGGACACAGCCCCCCCUCUGAUGAUGGACUGAGAGAACUGCGCUGUCCUUUCUGUCUCUAUCACACCAAGUCCAAGAGUCACAUGAUAGACCAUGUCCUCCUUCACCGUGAAGAGCGAGUAAUCCCUCUGGAAGUAUCUCGCUCUAAACUGUCUCGUCACCUGGACGGUUUAAUCUUCCGCUGUCAUAAGUGCACGUUUACAUGUUCAAAUGGGGACAGUCUGCAGCAGCACAUUGACAAACACAAUGAGCCCAAACCAUAUGAGUGUCGACUGUGUUACUACGACACAAAACACCAGCAGCAGCUCGAGGAUCACCUCCGAGACGAACACAAGGUGAUCCGUAAUUUUGAACUGAUGGGUCGAGUUAAUCUUGACCAGCUAGACGUUCUGAAAGAAAAAAUAAACAGUGAAGAAGAAGAGGAAAUAAGGGAUGAAGAGGACGAAAAGGAGGAGCUGGUGACGAUUGAUGAUGAAGAGCAAACCGAGGAGACAGAAAGAAUAGAAGAGAAAGAGAUGGAGGAGGAAGUGUCAGGCUCACCAGAAGAGAGUAAACAGGAAGCAGAGACGGCGGAAAUGAUGAUGGCAUGUUCUCCAAGUGCAGGGAAAAAGUUUCCAUGUGAGUUUUGUGGCCGAACUUUUUCUCUUAGUUUGGAAUGGGAACGUCAUGUUCUCCGCCAUGGCAUGACUGUUAACAGCAACAUGAGAGCUACGAGCCCAGUUGCCUCAGUAACAAUAACAGAAGGAGGCAUUGACCAAUCAGCUAACACUACAGAAGUCGAGAGAGUGUAUCAGUCCAGCCAAUCUGAGAGUUCUGUUCAGAAUGAAGAAGAUUGAGAGACCAAAAAUGACGUAUAGAAAUGUACUGUGUUAUAAUGGUGUACGGUUUGUUGUUAAAAAAAAAAAAAAAAAAAUAGGCUGCUUCAUGGACACUUGAUUUUAAAAAGUGAGGAAAAAAAGCAAAACUGUUCAUGGUUUUGAAGCAUUGUUAGAUUUUAAGUGUUAAACAUGGGUUCUAUAGGUUGUGUUACAUCCUAGCUGUGUGUUAAAUCGCUGAUCCUUUAAAAAGUGUGACUUGGUCCCAUAGGACAGACGCUAAUAAUAUAUUGGUAACCAAUAGUGACAAAUCUGUAAGGGCUCUGUUCAGGUCAAAUAAACACUUCCUGUGAGGCGACUUCAAAAAUGUCUGCCGUUUUACUUUUUUAAAAAUGCUAAACCUGUUCAAACUUAGUAACAUGCACUAGGCAAAAUUUGGUCGGUGAUUCAUUGUAUUAAAGGAAAAAAUUGCAUUUUAGCACCACAAACACCACAUUACAUUAAUACAGAAUUGUAUGUGAUUUUAAUCCAAAAGAUAAUUAAUUGAAUUAAGUAUAGGAUUUGACACUAUGGAUAUAUUUUUCUUCAAAAUAUUUUUUGUAAUGCAAAAAAAAAUUCAUUUUUUUACUGCUUUUUCAAGUCCAGUAAUUACUAGAUUAGUUGGCACGGUGGUUUGGUGGUUGGCACUGUCGCCUUGCACCUCCAGGGUGCGGGUUUGAUUCCCGCCUCAGUUCUGUGUGCUCGCGUGUUCUCCCCUUGCUUAAUGGGUUUCCUCCGGGUACUCCAGUUUCCUUUUACAGUCCAAACACAUGCAGAUUAGGCUAAUUGGUGUUUCCAAAUUACCUGUAGCGUGUGAAUGAGCGUGUAAUCGUGUUGUGUGUGCCCUGAAAUGGAUUGACAAAAGAAUUACUAAAGGUUUUAAACACCAAUGAACAUGUGUAAUAUCCAUUUGUUUAUAAAUACAUUUAUUUGGCAUAUUUAUUAACAUACAUAAAAAUUGCUCUUAUGCAUGUUCAGAACACUGAAUUUAACAAUAUGUUAAAUGUGUAAUUACAUUUUUAUGAGCCAAACUUUUAAGGCUUUUUAUAAGAACCCCAAGAUUCUUUUAAACAGCUACAUUUUUGUCCUGGUGUUUUACUGCAACCCAUAAACACUGCUAUUUUUACAACUUCCGUUGUAAACAGUAGAAUUACAGUAGAAUGACAGAUAUCAUUCAGCGACUUAGUAUAAAGCUGUGUAGAUUCUGUGACGCAUGCCGCACAGAUCGUGUGAUUUGACCUGAACGCUGGCUUACAGAUUCAAUAUUUUUUUACAUUUUUAGCCUUGUGUUAAUCUUUAAUCCUGUAGCUGAAUUCCUUCAGGAAUAGUCGCCAUCUUAUUUGUAUCAGACGUUUGUUGAUUUUAUUUUUAUUUAACUUUUUAGUAUAUGGACAAACACUGGGCCCCAAAGUUUUGUAGCAAAUUGCUACUGUAGUUUUAUUCUAUUUUUAAUUCUUAUUUUUAUUUCGUUUCUGCUGCUUUUUUUUAGGCAUGUUCCUGCACUCCACCAUGUAUGAAAACAAAAUACAAGGGAAAAAAAGAAACUGUUUAUGUAAUAACUUCAAGCACCUUUGACUCCACGGUUCCAUUUUUUUUUUUUUGCAUGAUUACAGGAAACAAGAACUGAAGGUUUAGCUAUUUUAUAUCGAGCAGCUCGUCCCAACAAGCAAUUAUGACAAUAAAAAUAUUGUUUUAUUUAAAUAAUUGUUUUUACGCUUCUUAAUAAAGGAACAAUGAAUAGAUUGUAUGCGAUGAAAAUUGCUGCUCAAAAACCUUGAAGCCUUAUUAUUAUUAUUAUUAUUAUUAUUAUUAUUUAGGCAAUUUUGCAAUUACAGUACAAUACAGCUACAUGUCUCAAACCAAGGGAAAUGUUUUUGGGCAGUGAGAUAAACUUUUGUAGUGUUCUACAGCAAUCCCAUAAUAAGUCAAAGAAAUAUUAGAAUAACUUAGCGAUAAAAAAAAAAGAAUAACCAAAAUAUAAUAAUUGACUCUGCAUGUAAAAUUUUUAUCGUCGUUUCACACAAUUACAUAAUACAAUUUUGAUUUUGGCACAUUUCCUUGUGCAGUGAAAAGUGAAAAUCAUUUAAAAAAUAGUUCUUUAAUAAAACAUUUUUGGUAAUGAAACACAGAUCAGGAGCUGUGACAUCACUCAAUAAAAAACAAAAUCUCCUACAUUUACAUUGUCUUUCCUGCAUUGUCUAAUUAGCAAGGAAGAAGAAUCUAGGUAUGUUCUAGGUAAUCUGCUUUUCCCUUAUUUAUUUUCUUUAUUUUCUUUCUUUUUCUUUUUUUUUUUACAGAAGCUUCAUGUCAAGUGUUUGAAAAUGUGGUGGGGGUUUUUCUGGUGUCGUCCAUAUUUAACAAAAAAAAAAGUCAUUUUAUGUGGUUAUAGGAAAUACUUUUUUUCUACCUUUAAAAGAAUUUAAAAAAUGUUUUUUUUUCUUUAUAAGCAAAAACGUUUGUAAAAGACAGAAACCUGUUAAAUUCUGAACACACUGGAUUGUUGUACAUAUGAUUUAGGAUUUUGUUUGUUUGUUUGUUUGUUUUGUUUGGAGUUAGUUGGACAGUAGCCCCUCCAUCUCGCCUUCUUCCUGUGAAACCCGUGAUGUUGACUAGAAGUUUGUUGUUUACACUUUGAUUUCUGGAUAUUCUGUAAAUAUUGUAAUUCAUCUGUUUUUUUUAACUUGUUAAUAAAGUUAUCAGAUAACGAGAAA